AUGGAAGACGAUACUCCAACAACAUCAACAACGUCAACAUCCCAGAGCAAUCCUCCUUUGUUCGUCCCCACCGAUAAGACAACACCCGCUGAUCUUAUUAAGCACCUUGGUCUUGAGAAGGAUGACAAAGACACCAUUACCUUGAGCACAAACAAUAUUGAUGGUUACUUCUUGUUGACCGCCACAAGCAUUGACGCUCUGACUGAACCGUCUCCCAAGGGACCUGGCAUUACGUAG